AUGGGGAGUUUUGACUUUUCAAAGGUUUUCCCCACUCAUAUUUGGCCAAAGACUACCCCCGAUUCGGUCAAUUCUGCAUCAGAAUACGGAGCAGUCAUACAAUUGCGAGAGCAGUAUGCCGAUUAUGCUUUAAUUUUCCCCAUGCUAGUAUACACUGGUGGUACGAGCCAAUUGAAGGGAGAACUGAUCCACCAUUUACAAAGAAAGUCUUCGAUUUUAGUUACAGUCUCCCUUUUGGAGUUGUGGGCUAUUAUUAUCCUGAUUAUUGCAACAUUUGUGUUGCCAGACCCAAAUUCAAAGUCGGCUACAGACAUGGAAAGGUGGUGUUUGGAAGACUUGAAAAAUGCUACACAGACCGUGAGUUGGUUUCAAUCUACAAAGAUCAUCCAUUCUGGGUGGGUUUAUUGCUGCUGUUAUGUUAUUUUAGGUGUUGUUCGUGGUGUAAUUAUCAAGUGCACGCCUUGGAGAUAG